UGCCACAGUACUGCUCACAAGACACUAGCACUGGGCUGUCCAAAGAAAACGGAAUUAACCACAGGAAAAGACAAGUUUCAUCACAGCUACUGCCUCUGUGAAUGAUGUCACAUGAUGUACUUCAGAAAUUAGAGAAGUCAGAAGCUUAUUUUGGAAAUGAAUCACAUUCUUUUAAAUAUACAUUCACAGAAGGAACAAGGCAAUCCUCUGAUGCCAUCUCAAUCUUCACUAUGUUUCCUUGUUUGUAUCUGGAAUGGAUGCUAGUGGUGGUAUUUACAGGUUCCUUGGCAACACAUGCAGAGACAAUAGUGCGAGGAAUGGUGGGUCAGAAUAUCAAUUUACCCUGCCACUACUCUACUGCUAAGCAUGGGACCACAAGCAUGUGUUGGGGGCGAGGAUCUUGUCCUCAUUCUUGGUGUUCCAGUCCAAUUCUCUGGAUCGAUGAAAAACAAGUGACUGUCGGACAGUCCAGCAAGUACCAAGUAAUGGGAGAUGUUAAUCAAGGAAAUGUGUCCCUGACCAUUGUGAAUGUAACAGAAAAUGAUGAAGGGAGAUACUGUUGCCGUGUGGAGAUACCAGGCUGGUUCAAUGAUCACAAAUCACAUGUGAAGGUUGUCAUUGAGAAAGUAGACUCAGGUCCAGUUUCAAAUGGAGUGCCAGCUACUACACACUCCAUUACCUCUGACUUUACUUUGGAACCAAGAUUGACCGCCAGUACAGAAUCCCCACCAGAUAAUCUGUCUCUAUUGAUCCCAACACUGUUAAAAGAACAAAAGAACAUCGAACACUCCAAGACAGGCAUGUAUAUUGGCAUUGGAACAUGUGCUGGAUUAUUAAUCAUUGUUGCUACUCUGCUGCUACUAAAGUGGCAUCUACACAAGAAGCAGAAGAUUAUUAAUUUUGCAAGUCCGGUGAUAUUCUCAAACUCAGAGACUGGGGGUAUUCAGCACAGUCUAGAAUCUGGAAUCCACGCACAGGAAAACAUUUAUGUAUUGGACUGAAGAAGUACUACUCUUUGGAGCAGAAAAAUGGUCCAAAAGAUACCAGUAAACAAGAAGUUGGUCAAGAUUGUAGACCAAAUGUAUUUCAGUCUACAUUAUAAGACAGUGCUUCUCUAGUAUGCACUAUAGUACAUGUCUGUAUCCUGUCAGUGUCUUUUCAUCUCUUGCCCUUCUGUGCCAUGGAGCACACAGUGCUGCCUGAGAGGCAGACCAGGAGUACAAACCUUACUCUGUAGCUAUUCCAUAGCCAUGUCUCCUGCUCCUAAACAGAUAUACCAAGGUAUCCUGGCUGCCUGUUCUGCGGAUUGGUCGUCCCAGGUAAACAACCUUGGCUUUUGGGCUAGUUUUGCACAUCCCAAGUGGAAUUGUCUCAGCAAAGGGGAUGGGGCUGCAGCUCAGUGGUAGAGUGUCUUUUUGCAUGCAAACAGUCCAGGUUCAAUCUCCUGGCAUCUCUAAGUAGGGCUGGAAGAGACUCCUGCCUUGGAUCUUGGAGACCCACUGCUAGUCCAUGUAGACAAGAAUGAGCUAAAUGGACCAAUGGUAUAAGGCAGCCUCCUAUGUUCCCAAAGGCUAGAUUCAGACAACAGCUGCUAAAAAACCUUACCUCUUACUAUUUGAAGGAGAAAUAGAAUACCUUCUCCAGCGGUAAUAGUAGAGAAAUAGACUAUCCUAUUCUUGUUAAAUACAACACAGGGCUUGAUUACAUAGUUGUAGCCCCUCUGCCUCAUUACAGGCUCCACAAGAUUGCCACCUACUUACUGUAUGACUUGAUUUUGGCACUAAGAACCUCAGUACUGCAGCAGAAAUUAAGGCAAGUAAGUUGUCAGGUGCACAUUGUGCAACCUAUUCAGAAUACUUCCUGCUGCAAAAUUAGCUGAUACAGGGUGUCUCAGCACUUUUCUCAGCUUACUUAAUGUGAUUUUUAGUUUGCAAACAUGCUUUGUUUGUUUCGUGCAGAAGAGCUUCAUUGUGAAGAUGAUCUGAAACUGUGUCAAAACACUUCCAUGUGCACCCAAAGUAAUUUUGCUUCCUAUUCCUUGAAACAGGAGCUCAGAUAAUGAAGACAGUGUCGGCCAGCUUUCACAGCUUCAAUGGCAGCUGGUGUGCCCUCAGUAUUGAGGAGCUUGGAGCAUUCAAGCCCCUCCCACUCACCUAUGCCCCUCUCCUCUGCUUUAUUCCUGCUUCAAAGGAACAUAGGAAGCUGCAGAAUACCGAGUCAGACCAUUGGUCCAUCUACCUCAGUAUUGUCUACAUAGACUGGCAGGGAUUUCUCCAAGAUUGCAGGCAACCUCAGCCCUAUCUGGAGAUGCCAGGGAGGGAACAUGGAACCUUCUACAUGCAAGCAUGCAGAUGCUGUUCCCAGAGAGGCCCCAUCCCCUGAGCGGAAUAUCUUACAGUGCUCACACGUGGUCUCCCAUUCAUAUGCAACUAGGGUGGACCCUGCUUAGCUAAGGGGACAAUUCUACAACAACAACAAUUUUUAUUACGGCCAUUGGCCAGCAGAAAUAGGAGUAACAAAUAUACUCAAUACAACGAUCAAUAAAACAAUGCUAAAACACAAUAUAACAGAAUACAAUCACUCAUAAUAAAUUACUUAAAAACAAUAGACAGCUCUCGCAAUUAAGCACUUAAGAGGGACCUUAACCUAAUGGCAAUAUAGAAAAAUUUAGCCACGAUUGUUUUAAUCCUGGGGCUUGAAUCUGCAAGGCAGUAAUAUGUAUAAAAGAGAUCACACCUUCCGGGAAAUUUGAGUAACAGGGGGGAAAUAAGUUCUUCUCUAGCAUCCCAAUAUAAAGAGCAAUAUAGCAAAACAUGGGUGACAGUUUCCAGGAGGCCAACACCACAAGGGCAGAAAACCGUAGCAGGAUGAUCUUUAGCAAACCUCCGUUCCAAAAGAGAAGAGGGCAACACAUUAAACUGGGCCCGAGCAAAUGAAACCCGAAAUUUAGAAAAAUGCAGCGUUGUUAAGUAAUUAGCUCCUCCAUCUCCUCAAGGUGGCAAAAUCCCAAAAUGUAAAGGGGAGCAAGUCCUAUUGGCCGAAGACAUAAGUUCCUGCCGUUCAAUAUCGUGUAACUGGAGAAAUAAUAUUUCCUUCACCUUAUUAUAUUCCCAAGUGAAAGGGGACAAUUCAUGUUUGCUAUCACUUGUGAUCCAUUUACCUUUAUGUAAAAAUGUUUUGUAAACAAAUGUAAAUAAAACAUCUAAG